GCAGAGUAAUAGCAACGACAACGACAACAGCUGAAAACAUAUGAUUUUUGUUUUUGUGCGCCUUGCGCUGCCCCUUCUACUGUAUCCUCAGUCAUAAACACAACAACACAGCAGCAGAAAAAAACAAAAGGUGAGCAGUGGAACGUCCGGAACUGGAACGAAGAAGCUUGCGUUGUUGUUGCUGCUGCUGUUGCUGCUGCUGCUGCUACUGCUGCUGCUGCUGCUGCUGUCCACCAAUUCUCAACUGCUUCUUGACGUCGUAACAACAACGCCAGCAGAAGCAGCAGCGUCAAGUGUUGACAACAGCUGGCAGUAAGACACAUACACGGAGGCUGCAGCGGCAGCGCAGUUGCCACACAGACAGACAGCCUGUCACCGUCAUCAUCUCCCAUCUUCCAUCUCCCAUCCUCCAGCCGAGCGAGCAAACAAGCGGGAAACUUAACGAAACUCUCUCUUCACUCACUCAAGCACUUUGAUUGAACGAAGCAGCUGAGACGGGCGGCAGCCGUCGCUCCUGCGCAUAGGGCAAGGCGAUCUCUCGUAUAAUAUGUCCGCGGACUCGCCACGCCGCCAUCACAGCCAUCAUCAUCAUCAUCAUCAUUCUGUUGGCGUUGGCGGGGGCGGUGGUAUCGGUGUGCGCGGCGGCAUGGCCAUGCCGGCAAUUGUCCCGCCGCAGGCAGUCAGCGAUCGCUCCAUAUUGGACUCGGCCAUUGGGUUUAUCAAUGAUGUGACGCUGGUGCAUCAGCCGCAGCAGGAUCCCAAGGAUACCAUCACCUGGGCCCGUUUCGAGACGAGCGCCGAUGUGAGCGAUCCGCGCUUUGGCGACGACUGGGAACUGGAGGGCAAUGCGGCACCCCCCUUGCUGCUCAUCCUCGGCUACGGCCUGGGCGUGCAGGUGUGGGCCAUACCCGCCAACGGUGAAGCCGUCGAGGUGUUAUCCUGGCGACAUGGCGUUGUCACCGCACUUCGUGUUCUACCCACGCCGGCAACGGCGACCACCGCACUCGAUGACAAUGGACGCGCCGAUGAGCCAGUCGAUGCCUUUGCCGAGAAGCGGCCACUUGUGGCCCUCGUCGAUGGCGGCAGCGCUGCAGCCAGCAGUCUACUUAGCGGCGGCGGUGGCAGCGGGGGUCACAUCUCUGGCGGCGGAUCGGGCUCGGCGGGCGGCGGCAUUGGCAAUACCUCGGCCGGCUCCUCGCACUUCAGUGCCGUCAAUUUCGUUUCACUGAAGACGGGCGCCCAGGUGAAGACCAUCAAAUUCAAGAAUGCCGUACUGGACAUUCAAGCCAAUCGUUCGGCUGUGGUCAUUAGCUUCCACGAGCGUCUGGCGGUGUUUGAUGCCCGCACACUGGAGGAUCGCCUAACCAUAACCACCUGCUUUCCCAGUCCAGGCAUCAACCCAAAUCCCAUAGCGCUCGGUCCACGCUGGCUGGCGUACGCGGAGCACAAGCUGCUCCACUCGAAGCGCAGCGGGGGCGGCUGCGAUGGCGAGGGUGUGCCCAGCUAUACGGCCACGGUGCUAAAUGCAGCCAAAUCCUUUGGCAAGGGUCUGCGCGAGCUGGGCGAACAGGUCGCCGCCGGCCUGACCGGCACCAGUGCCGGCAGCGGCAACAGCUCCAAGAGCAGCAGCUUCGACUCGGCGACGGGCGGCGCCGAUGCCAAGCAAUCGGGCGUGGUGACCAUUAUAGAUGUGAAGCAUCCCAUUAAGGAUUAUAGUCCGACGACGGGCGCGCCGCUCGGCUUGACGGGCGCCCAUGCGGGCGGGGAUCCAAUUGUUGCCCACUUUGUGGCACACAGCGAGGCGCUGGUGGCCAUGGAAUUCGAUAGCUCUGGCAUGCUGCUGCUCACAGCGGAUCGUCGUGGCCAUGAUUUCCAUGUGUUUCGCAUACAGCCGCAUCCGGUGGGCUCCAGUUUGGCUGCAGUGCAUCAUCUGUAUGUGCUGCAUCGCGGCGAUACCAGCGCCAAGGUGCAACAUAUUGCCUUCUCGCUGGACUCACGCUGGGCGGCCGUCUCCACGCUCCGCGGCACCACCCAUGUCUUCCCCAUAACGCCCUACGGCGGCGCCAUGGGCGUUCGCACCCACACCUCACUGCAUGUGGUCAACAAGCUGUCGCGUUUCCAUCGCAGCGCCGGCCUGGGCGCCGACGGACGCUCCAGCUCGCCCAUAUCGCACUCGGAGAGCACCACUUUUGUGCAGUCGCUGCAGCCGUAUCAUAAUCCCACAUUGCCGCCAUUUCCACGACCCGCUGUCGUCCAGCCGCUGGCACAGCUGCGUCAGCCGUUUGUCCUGGGCUCGCCGCAGGGCAGCGCCACGCUGGGCGGCGUAGGCGGCGGGUCGGGCAGCAGCAGCAGCUCGGGCGGCGGCGUUGGCUCGCAUCAGCGUCAGCGUUUGUCCUCGCUAUCGGAUGAUUGCGGUAAACCGUUGAGCGUUUGCGCCACCUUCGCCAAGUCGCGUUCCUGGCUGCUGGAGCCGCCGACGGCGACGCGUGAGGCGCCGCAUCGCGUCCAGCGCAAGGCAGUCGAUUCGCUCUUCGUUAUGGCCGGCCAUGGAGCGCUCAUACAAUACGAUCUGGACACGAAGUUAGCCUCAAAUGUUGCCAAAGAGAAGAUUUGUGAUGAUACGCCCAUUGAGUUGGAGGUGGAGGCCAAGGCGCAGUGGAAUCUGGGCCGACGCAAGGAUGGAUCUCAAGAAAUUAUACCACCGCUAGCGCUGGACAAUUGGCUGAUCAAAGAUCGACAUGCCAGUCUGCUGAUGGACAGCGCCCAUCAGUUCGAUGAGCCCGACGAGCGCGCCGAGAGCUGGUUGGCCCAGGUCGAGAUUAUCACGCACGCCGGUCCACAUCGACGGCUCUGGAUGGGGCCGCAGUUUGUUUUCAAGAACUAUAAUACGCCCAGCGGCUCCAACUUGAACCACGUGGACGCGGAGGCCGUGGAAAUAGGCGUUACCAAGACGACGAGCACAACGUUGCCGUCAACGGCAGCCGCUGCAUCGGCUGCCUCGUUGACGCCCAGCGGUGCCAUCAUUGCCGCCGUGGAGCGUUCCAGUCCAUUGAACAUGCCGCUGGGCGCAGCGGCCGGGCUUGGUGCCACUGUCGCCACCACUGGACGUGCCGGUGUGCCCGUGCUCAUCGAAUCCGGUUCAUAUAGCAGCAUUGAGCAGAGCCCCAAACUGAUGGAUCGCUUUCGUCACGGGCACUUGGACUCGGACUAUGGGCACGGCGAUAUGCGCCUAAAGGAGGAUCUGGCCGAUGCCAUGCGAGAGUCGCCCUCAACGGCGGCAGCACGUCGCGAGAUCGGCAACUUUUUUGGUACUGAUCAAAUGGAUGGACUGGCCAACAACAACAACAACAACAACAGCAACAACAAUAACAACAACUCGAUUGUAACAACAACGGGAACAACAACAGCAACCAACAAGGGUAACAACAAGUCGCAAAAGCUGAACAACACGUUGAGCAACAAUCCCAAUGCAAAUGCCGCACAGGAGCAGCAAAUUGAUGUGGAGCCCAUGAGCACCACACCACCCCCAACAACAACAACAACAACAACAACAACAACAGCAGCAGCAACAACAACUGUAACAGGAACUGGCAACCCGCUGCCAGUGCUGCCCAGUAAGCCAGUGUGCAACAAUACCGCAGCGGUGGGCAUCGAUGGCGAACUUGCCACCGUGGUGAACAUCGAUGUGUUCGACGAUCAGCUGAGCCUGAGCAGCAUCAGCACCAACAGCCGCCUCUCGCUGGAGGGGCCGGCAUCGCAGUCGUCGCCGCCGCUGAGCCUCAGCAACGGGCUGAUGGAGACGAACCUAAUGCAUUUUAGUGAGAGCGCCGCGCUGGUCUCCAUCGAUGGCUAUGGCGCCGGGCCGGCGGAUGCCACCGACGCAGAUGGCAUACCCAAUUUGUGAGAGUUAAUCCAGCGGCCGUCGGCGGUGCGUUUUGUGCAGCGUGCCACGCUGAUCGGUGAGAAUUUCAAUUUGCGUCGCAUCUGUGCGCAACUGUUCAAUGCGCGCCCGGUUUCGGCGGCAGCUGUUGGCAGCGGCAGCGGCAGCACAGCCGACAAGUCCUUAAAGAAGCCUUCUUAAUUCCUAACUAAAUAACUAACCCAUAAAAAAAAAAACAGAAAAUCAAGAAAAAAAAAAAAAACACACACCCUGUGUACGGUGCUUGUUCUAUCAUUUCUAUGUUAAGUAUCGAAGCACAUGCGGCGCCAAGUGUCACUUAAGCAUAGAAUUAAUCAUAAGCUAAGGCAGUGUUGUUUAACUGAGCAAAGAGAGUAAGUAGUAAGCUGCAGCUGCUGCAAUUCUCAUUUCGUAAAGCUCAACUCGAGCUUAAAGCUCUGCUUAGACUUGCAACAAGAGCUCUUAAAGCACAUUAAUGAUUUGCAAAAGCUUAGGCCAAGGGCGCUGUCUAUAAAGCUCACUUCAAGUUUAAAGCCUCUGCUUUUAUCUGAUCAUGCCUAAAGGUAUAUUAUCAAAAUUUUGCUUGCUUGAAAAGCUGCGUUUUCACUUAAUCUAUCGAAAAGAGCUCAUUAAAAGCUAUCAGCUAAUCUAUUUGAAAAAAAAACUCAUUAAAAGCUUCCUGCUUGAUUUUAUUAACGCACAGCAUCACCGAAUGUCAAGCACAUGAAAGGCUUAAAUUUACAGAGCUUUAAUGUGAUUUAAGGAUUGAGAAAUUAUUUCAACAAAGCGCUUGUUCUUUCAGUGAAAUAGAGGGAAUAUUCCUUUUUUUUUUUAAAUACAAAGAAAUGGGUUUCUUUAAGAAAAGGCUUAACUAACUCUGGGCAGUAUUAAUAUUGACCAGUGUUAACAAGCGCAAAUAUGUUAUAUUUUUUGCUAAACAACACUGUUUGCAGCUACUUAAAUGCACUUGUUUUUUACAACACUAAAAGCACGAUGCAAUAAGCACAUUAAAAGCUGCCAUUGAGCUUAGCACAUGCGCUCUUCGAAACUUUUGGCGAACGAUUAAUCCUGGCAUUAAGUGACAUUUGCAGCCCUUGUCUGUUCAUUUAUCAAAAUGCAUUAAUUAGUUCAAUUAGUUUUCGUUUAUUUUUUUUUUUUAAUUAUUCUCAACUAUUUUAUCAGCAUAUAAAUAAUUGUUAACGAAACGCAUAGCAAAAAGAAAGCCAUAAAAAAUGCAGAAAGCAUAAAAUGUAAAAAAAAACAAACAUAAAAAUAUGCCCAAAAAAACACAUUUAAAUCAAUAUAUAGAUCAGAUCAGACCUCAGCUGAAUGCCGUGAUAUUUAAAAUACAAUUUAAACAAAACAAAAAUAACAGAUACAACAAAAUUGAAUAGUUAUAACAAAGAAGGUACACAAAAGAGAAGAAGAAGAAGACAAUGAUAGAUGAAAAGUAAUAUAUAAAAAUAUAAUAUAAAAACAAAAGAAUAAAAUAUUGAGCAAAGCGUAAGAAACGCGGUGAAACUAUUAAACCUAAAUCUUAAAACUUAAAUAUGUAAUAAAUACCUACUAGAUGUCUAUAUACUAU